CUGUGAACAACCGCGGUGGACCUUGACGGCGACGGGGGAAUGGGUUGCUGGUGACUUGGGAGAUUGCUGGUGGCAAUUUUUUGCUUCAAUCAGCCGAAGUAUCCAUUCUGUACAUGCCUUUGCUUUAGAUCUCUCUGAAUUUCCUCUGUUCUUCUCCGCUUUCCCUCCCUCUCGCCAUAAUUUGCAGCAGAAUUUGAAGCGUCGGUGGCGGAGUCAUGGAGAAGAUGAAUCAGGCGUUUGAGAAAAUGAAAAUGUUGGUAGGAGUUGAGGUGGACGACGAAGCUUCUACUGCUACCAUUAAUGACGAUAACUCUUCCUGGUUUAUGGACGAUUUCAACCGCAAUUGCACGCUAUCCACCAAACAGCGAUUAUAUGGUUUUGCCAUUUGCUUUGUUUCUGGCUUAACGUGUACGUUGAUGUCGAUGCUUGUUUUCUUCAAUCCAAUCAAAUUUGGAAUAGCUUUCACAUUGGGCAACAUGCUAUCGCUUGGAAGCACAGCAUUUCUCGUAGGCCCUAAAAGGCAAGUGACAAUGAUGCUUGAUCCUGUUCGGAUUUAUGCGACAGCCAUAUACCUUGCUAGCAUGAUCUUCGCUCUUUUUUGUGCUCUCUAUGUCCACAACAAGCUGUUGACACUUCUUGCGCUCAUUUUAGAAUUCGGCGCCCUAGUUUGGUAUAGCUUAAGCUACAUCCCUUUCGCAAGGACGAUGGUAUCAAGGGUUAUAGUAGCUUGUUUGGAUACUGAGUUUUAGCAGUAGACUCCGAGAUCAACGUGUCGGUCAUACUGGGUUCUUGUGGUGCAACAUUGACGCUCGACAUUGCUACAUGCAUGACACGGGGCACUGUCGAACUUUGUUGUAUUAUGUGUUUUUUAGGCCUUGUUUAUGUCUCACUCAGACUAAUUUCUUUAUGGGAGUGUUCAAUAUGUGCUUUAAACAACAUUAUAAGCCUUGGUGAUAGUAAUCUCACUUGUUUUCUAGAGGAGAUUGAGCUAAGGUUGGCUGCCUAACAUAUGGAAUGAGUUGAUAAAUUAACAUUGAACAUUGGUAAAA